UCUGGGGUUGAAGGCUUGUCAACUCCAAACUUCUUCACUUUUUACAAGCAUUGCCAUUAAGAUACAAUCGAAUAAACUUUCUUCAAUUGAUUUCUCUUGAUCUAGCGAUUGUCCAAUCAUUCAUCAACUUCAGGCUUCUCAAUACGAGCUACAUCAUGGAUGUCUUCUACUCGUACACCUAUGCUACCAUGGGAUGGCUCGGUAUCCAAGCCUUGCCGUUAAUCGCCUCUCCGACGAUCAUAACCACCCUCCUAUCUCCCCAGGUUUCUGAACCCACCCCUCUAGAAGAAUACUUCGCAAGGAGUCUUGGGAUCACGAUGCUGGCAUUAGGUGUUAUGGUAGUGCUUCUUACUGGCAGCGUCCCAUUAACUAGCAGUUUCUCAGAGACGACCGAUUCAGGUGUCAGCACUGACUUGAGUGAUCCCAAGGCACCAUAUGCUGUCCCCACCCUGACCAUCAGCUUCUUUUACCACGCUGCAAUGGCAAUCUUUUGCUACGCAAGGUACAACACCAGCGGUCAAACGACAUUCAUUCUCGGGGCCCUGGGCUCAGGUGGGCUUGCUGCAAUUGGUCUGUGGUGUAUUCUGUUUGCAAGCUCCUCGGGUCGAAUCUCGAGAAAGACUGGUGCCGACAAGAGGACCUCUGGAUUUCCAUUUCAGAACAAGGAAUCAGCUUCUGCGAAGAAGAAGCAGAUGGGAAAGGCAAUCUGAGGGGAAUCGACUUCUUCAGGCCGUGGAAAAUAUCAUCU